UCCCGUACUCGGAUCUGACAUCUGUUAUCUGCAAUGUUUUGAAAAGAUGGCGCUUACUCUGUCAGAAGAAGUUAUUCGAAACCGGGUGAAUCUCCAGCACGACAAUUUAGAGGAUGUUAAAGCAUUAUCACUACCAGGUACUUACCAUGAAAAAGUUGUGUGUCUUGGGAAUUCUCUUCGGAAGUUUUCCAGAUUGAAAACGCUAGAUCUCUCAAGGAACUCCAUAGCUAGCCUUCAGGGUUUGGAACAUUUAAAGCUGCUUGAGAAGUUAAAUCUAUAUUACAACAAUAUAGAGACAAUGGAAGAGCUAAAGCGACUCAGAUUUAAUGCAAACUUGAAGGAUUUGGAUCUUCGUCUGAACCCAAUCACCCGGACUGAACCAGAUUACCGGCUGUACAUGAUCCACAUGCUACCAAACUUACAGAAACUGGAUGACAGAGGUGUUAGAGACAGAGAGAGACAAGCGGCAUUGGUCCACUUCAGCUCCAGCCAGGCCACAGAGAUGACACAUCACCCCCGCCAAGAAGAGCCGGUACAGAGAGCACCAAACCCACGGGCGGAGAUGAUCCGGGGUGUGGGGAAGGGAACCAGUGCUCUAGAUGAUGAUGAUGUUGCUGUCCUUGACCUAAUAGCAAGGUCAGGUGGUGACCUCAGCCGUCCUCGUCCAAUUACUGGGUCAUCUGCCCGAGAAGAUCAAGUACAGGAAUACUCACUCGACGUAUUAAAGAGCAUGGAUACAGAACAAACAGACAGCCCAAGGGAGCAGAGAUCCAACACUCCACCAGUGGAAAUGGACGAAAGAUUAAAGAGUUACGCAGAAAAAUAUCCCAACAUUCCUGUGGUGAAUGUCACUUCAUUUGAUGAUCCACAGUCACGACUUGAUGCCAAUCUACAGUAUGAAGAUGAAGCAGAUGCUUACCAUAAGUUUAAAAGCCAUGGCUACUUUACUCCUCACCCAACCACAGAGGUGGAUUACAACAGGAAUGAAAGGGAGAUAACCCAGGACCGUCCUCGAGUUCCCACGCAGAGGAGGAGGUCAUUUGGAGAAGAUGAGGACAUGCAUCAGCGAUCAAACAGCGCUCCAUCCAGAAAAGUGGAGGAGGACUUUGGAAUUCACCGAGUGAAUGGAACUGACCAACCAAACUCUCCAGACGAGUCCAAAAUCACGAGUGGAAGCUCGAGGGCAAUGGCUCCAGAGACACCGGAAAAUCGAGCUUUUCUUUUUAAAGUUCUUGAUUUAGUUGAUCGUUAUUGGAAUGGAUCCAAAUCACUACACAAGCACGCCAAGUUCAAAGCUCUGGCCUAUGGUGUGAUCGAAAACUUCAUGAAAUCAGACAACGAAGUAGAAGAAAGACGUCAACUCCAGACUCAUCUCAAGACUCUGCAGGACGAAAACUACCGUCUGAGGAAGUAUGAAGAAGCUACCAAAGCAAACUUAACAGAUAGUUCCAUCAACGAGACACAAUUGAAAAACUCCCUCACUAAAGCCUACAGAGAUGUGGAACAAAUGAAAGAGAAACUACAGAAAUACGUGAACGAAAACAGAAAGUUGUCAUUCCAAGUUAAAGAAUUGGAAGAAUCGAAGCAUACAACAAUCUCAAGUCUCAAUCCCGCACAGCUUGAUGAUUUACAAAGACAGAACGAGAUUCUGAAGUCUGAGGUGGAGAUGUUACAGAUCCGGCUGAAGCAGUUUGGACAAGUCCAGGAACUUGCCUCCAUGUUACAACAAAGUCACAAAUCAUUAGUGAAUACAAAUGACCACCUUCUGAAGGACUUGGAGGACACCAAACGCCGUCAUCAGAAUGAAGUUCAGCAGAUGAACUGGAGCUAUGAACAGCUCAAGAAAUCGAUGAACCUCUCACGUGAGAACACCAGCCUAGCUCGGGAGGGAUUUUCUCAUGGUCCGACAAGACAGGACUAUAACAGUGCAGAUAGACUGUCCGGCUCAGCUCUGUUUUACAGGGACUCCGACUCAUAGCAUUAAGUUCAUUACUCUGCUUUUCGUGAGAGUACAAAUUGAAGUAAAACAGAUAUUAUGGUUUUAUGAGCAUUAUCAAAUCAUGAAUCAAAGCCAUUGACUUACCAUUAACAAAUCGUUCUUUAAGUUCCUUAUGAUAAAUAUGACAGAAACUUUCACACCUGUCUUUGCAAAGUCUCUUGUCAUUGUGCGUUUUCUUGAGUAAAUCUAAGCGAAACCUCCAGGUGGCAGUUGUGGUUUCAUUUUGAGUGAGUAAAAUAGUGCUGCAACAUAGAUUUUCUCUCAUUCUUUUCCACUCUAUGUUAAUAAGAUGUUUUAUAUGCACAUGAAUGAGCAAUGAUAUUGGUGGGUUUUUUUGAUUGAUUAGAAAUUAUUUUGCCAAUGGCCAGGUAUUUACAUGUACAAGUAGCAGAAAGGUGGUGUCCAAUGCAUGGAAUGAUAAUUUUUUUUAUCUGCAAAUGUUGAAUAUUAAUAUUUAUUAUAUAGCUAAUAAAUAGUCUAAUAUAAAAUCUGCGUAAAAUCUAGAGAAUGUUAAUGUUCAAUAUCCUGAGAAUUUAUUGAACGCUAACUUUGCAUUGCGUAAAUUGUAUGCGCCCGAAACAUUCCGAGUAUGAGCGUUCAAUAUUGACGUUACCGUAACGACGUAAACAAGCCAAAAUGGCAGACGACGGUCCUCCGAAUCUGACAGAGCCGGUAUUUGAUAUUUACUUAAGCAAAAUGUUUUACUGUACAUAAAUUAUGAUGUCCCCAUUUACAAAAUCAAUUUGCUUCAUUCGUUGAUGACGGGUUAAAUAUUGAACAGUUAAGAAAUGCAUGCUGUUAUUGCACACUGCCAAUAUUGAUGAAUUCUCGUCUAUUUUGGAGUAGUUUGAGUGAAAAGGGAUAUAAUUUAACAACUAAAUACUUUAGCUAUAUAAUAAAAGGGUUAUUGAACUUAUAUAGGUGAAUAUUGGCACUCGUUGGCUGUCAAAAUGCACUCGCAAGCUCGUGCAUUUUGACAGCCAACUCGUGCCAAUAUUCACCAAUAUAAGUUCAAUAACCCUAUAGUACUCCCCAAAUACGUAAAUUAUUUUUCUACACAUCAGUUGACAUGCAAAAAACUUUUAUAUCCAGAUGUAAGUUAAUUGUUUAAAACAAACAAAAUUCAUUUAUAUGCACUAGUUACUUAGUGUUACCAAUUGCAGUUAGAGAGAAAUGAACGUCUUUGUGGAGAAUUGAUUUCAGGGUUAAAGAGAAAUGAAGGUCUUUGUGGGGAAUUGAUUUCAUGGUUAAAGAGGAAUUAACGACUCCGUGGGGAUUUAAUUACAGGGUCAGAGAGAAAUGAAGGUCUUUGUGGGGAAUUGAUUUCGGCAUUUGAGGAAAAUGAAUGCUUUGUGGGGAAUUUAUUUCAGGGUUAGAGGGAAAUGAACAUCUUAGUGGGGCAUUGAUUUCAGGAUUUGAGGGAAGUUUCAGGGGAAGUCUGACUGAGGUUUACCAGCAAGAAACUGGUGUUCCAUUCAGGGGAGUCUGUGGCUCUUUGUCAUAUCAUGUGGUUUCUGAUGGCAUACCAUAGUGUAUUGUAGUUAAGUUAGAUUCAUGCCGGAGUUGGCAUGGAAACAUAACGUCUGUAAUUAACAACAUAAUAAUUAUAGAGUGUUGAAGUCGACCUAUAUAAUCUGUGCAAUGAGUUUGGGUGUAGUUUAUUGCAUUGCGGCAGUAGAAAUCUCGGUGUAACAUGAUGUUAUGUCUCCAACCAAACUUACAACAAAUUUUCUGAGCUGUUAACUACAUUUUUUUUUUUACUUGUUAAAUUAUGGUUGGUGGUUUGCAUAUUAUUAUUGGUGCAAAAUUGUUUUACACAACUUUCCGUCCAUGUAUAUAUCAAUUGUUGAUGAUGUCAAUGUAUCUGUAAUUUUAUAUUAGUUAUAUACUGCAACAUACUUGUAAAUAACUUCUCUCGUCCAACAUUUACAGAAUUAUAUUAUUUUAAAUGCU